CAACAAAGUAUAGCAGCAUUUGUUCAGAACACUUUACUCCAGAUUGCUUUAAAAGAGAGUGCAACAACAAGCUACUGAAAGAAAAUGCCGUGCCCACAAUAUUUUGUUACACUGAACCCAGUGAGAAGGUAAAGCUGGAGAGAGUUUUAAGAAGAAAGUUCCUACCUCCCCCAUGGUUUGACAGUCUCUGAUAUGGUAUUACAGAGGGAAAGAACUGCCUGUCCGGGGGAAGAGAGAAUAACUGUUGCUGGGCUCAGUUUGAUUGCUGAAAACGAAGAUGCCCUCCUGAGACACUUAUUUCAUGGGUACCAGAAAUGGGUCCGACCUGUUGAAAACUCCAAUGAUACAAUAAAAGUCCUUUUUGGCUUAAAGAUAUCUCAGCUUGUGGAUGUGGAUGAAAAGAAUCAGCUGAUGACAACAAAUGUGUGGCUGAAACAGGAAUGGACUGACCAUAAGUUGUGCUGGAAUCCUGAGGACUAUGGUGGGAUCACGGCGAUCCGGGUUCCGUCAGAGUCGCUGUGGCUGCCGGACAUUGUUUUGUUUGAAAAUGCCGAUGGACGUUUUGAAGGCUCUCUGAUGACUAAAGUCAUAGUGAAAUACAAUGGGCUUGUUACCUGGACUCCACCAGCCAGUUAUAAGAGUUCCUGCACUAUGGAUGUGACGUUUUUCCCAUUUGAUAGACAGAAUUGCUCCAUGAAAUUUGGAUCCUGGACCUAUGAUGGCAACAUGGUUGACUUGAUUUUAGUAGAUGAAAAUGUAGAUAGGAAAGACUUCUUUGAUAAUGGAGAGUGGGAGAUCUUAAAGGCCAAAGGCAUGAAAGGCAGCAGAAAGGAUGGGUUGCAUUCCUACCCAUUCAUUACUUACUCCUUCGUUUUAAGACGCCUCCCACUCUUUUACACUCUUUUCCUAAUCGUCCCUUGCCUUGGAUUAUCUUUUCUAACUGUGCUGGUGUUCUAUUUGCCUUCUGAUGAAGGGGAAAAACUUUCAUUAUCUACCUCUGUUUUAGUUUCCCUUACUGUUUUUCUUUUAGUAAUUGAAGAAAUAAUACCAUCUUCUUCCAAAGUCAUUCCUCUGAUUGGCGAGUAUUUGUUGUUUAUUAUGAUUUUUGUAACCCUCUCAAUUAUUGUUACUGUUUUCGUUAUUAACGUGCACCAUCGGUCCUCAGCAACCUACCAUCCUAUGGCUCCCUGGGUUAAAAGACUCUUCCUUCAAAAGCUUCCUAGGCUAUUAUGCAUGAAGGGCCAUGUGGACCGCUAUUCUUUCUCAGAGGCUGGAGGAACAAUCCCAGUGUUAAAAUCAAAGCUCUCAGGCAAGAAGAAACAGAAACAAGUCAAGGAUGGAGAAAAAAUUCUGAUUGCUUUUUUGGAAAAAGCUGCUGAUUCUAUUAGAUACAUCUCUGGCCAUGUAAAAAAGGAGCAUUUCAUCAGACAGGUAGUUCAAGACUGGAAAUUCGUAGCUCAAGUCCUCGAUCGGAUCUUCCUGUGGUUAUUUUUGGUGGUGUCAGUGACAGGUUCCGUUUUAAUAUUUACCCCCGCUUUACAGGCGUGGUUAAGCAGCAGUUUAUAGGAAUAGAUUCAUGUGUUAAUGUGGAUAAUGGCUGAAAGAUACAGUUGCCUCUUGAGACUGAUGAGUUUUUUAAUUUUCAAUGAGUGCAGGGUCGACAAAACCAAAAUGAGAUGGAAAUGAAAACACAUUGCCUUCUGGCUGCAGUAAAUGCUUCUCACUUGAAUAGUGCUUUACUUCUGCAAAUUGCUGUACAACUCGAGGGCUCAACUGUGUAACCCUUAGGUUGCUGGGUAUUUACUUGCCCAUUGAAAUCAGUGAAACUACUUGUGUGUGUAAGUGUUCAUUAUUAUGAGCAAGGUUUGCACAGCUGGGCCCUAAUUAAUUAAUCCUAUUAAGGCUGAUUAUAUUACAAUAUGAUUUCAUGAUUUUUUUUAAAAAGGUGAUUGUUUCUUUUUGAUCCAAAUAUUCUGUUAACAAAUAGGAUCCUCAUGUAUUAAAUAUGCUACGU